CACUAGCCUGGCUACUCACUCGGUCUCACUCCACAGUCCACCGCUCAGAGCGAAGAAGGAUCGUCUCUUCCGUAGAAACGUCGCUCCCUCUCCUCCAUAGCUCGCACCUUCCUCUUGCCAAAUCCGGGCGCAAACCCGCCGGAGAUCUAUGGCGGGCCAAAAGAAACCGGCAGACCAGCAGAACAAGAGGCAGCGGGUUUCCGAGAACGCCGAGAGCAGCAACAAGAAGUUCAGCAUCAAGGAGGUAGUUGGUUCGGGGGUCACCGGGACGCGGCCGUUGGCAUCGCCCAGUCCAGUUGCCAAGGCGAAGCCAAUCGCGGUGGUGAAGCCAACGGCCGCUACGGUGGCAGUAACCGGUCCAGUGGCCACCAUGGCACCGGCAUCGGCAGCGCCCAGUCCGCUUGCCAAGGCGAAGCCAACGGCCGCUACGGUGACAGUAACCGGUCCAGUGGCCACCAUGGCACCGGCGGCGCCCAGUCCGGUUGCCUUGAAGACGCCUACGCCGGCGCCGCCCAGUCCAGUGGUCACCAUGGCACCGGCACCAGCAGCGCCCAGUCCAAUGGCCACCAUGGCACCGGCGCAGGUGGCGCCCAGUCCGGUGGCUACGAAGACGCCGCCGCCGGCGGAGCCCAGUGCAGUGGCCACCAUGGCACCGGCACAGGUGGUGCCCAGUCAGGUGGACACGAAGACGCCGGCGCUAGCGGAGCCCAGUGCAGUGUCAACGAAGACGCCGACGCUGGCGGCUACGGCGACGCUGGCCGCCGUGGUGAACCCACCGGCCACGGUGAAGCAUGAGCCGGAAGACGGAGGCGUGCUCGAACUCGAUGAACAAGUAACAGCAGCCAUGGUAGCUGUGGCACCAGCGGAAGAGGAGGCCGUCAUCUUAGAGGUGAAGAAGAAAUGGUUUCACUGCGCCGCGUGCCCUGCUCCCCUCAAGCGUCCCAUAUUCAUGUGCGGGAAUGGACACGUCGUGUGCUGCGCCUGCGGCGGCGGCGGCAAUGGCAAUGGCGACGGCGGAGCGAACAAGCACUGUGAUUUGUGCGGCCGCGCCACCGCCUACACCCACAUCCCCUACAUGGACGGCCUGGUCGACGCCUACCAGGUGCCGUGCCCCUACAGGAAUUUCGGCUGCGCGAGGUCCAUCGCCUACCAUUCGGCCGCGGACCACUCGGCCAAGUGCGCGCACGCGCCCUGCUACUGCUUCGAGUGCGCGUUCCAGGGCUCGCCGGCAAGCCUCUUGCGCCACCUCACGGAGGAGUCCGGCCGGCAUUGUUGGCCCAUGGAGAAGAUCAAGUACGAGACCUGCCGCCCGCUCGUCGUGCCGGCGUCGGAGCACCGCCUUCUGCUAGUGGCGGAGGAGGACGGCCGCGUGUUCCUCCUGGCAGUGGGCGCGGGGAGGGGCGCCGCCGGCGUCCGCCCCGUCAACAUCGUGUGCGUCAGGGGCAAUGUCGAUGCCGACGCGAGGCCGGUGUACACAGGCGUGCUCUGGGUGGAUGGUCCUCCGGCCGGCGCAGGCCACCUCAGGAGCAGCCUCCAGCUGAAAGGCGACGUGGCGAACUGCGGAGUCCCCGGCGAGGUGGACAUGGAGCACGGGCGCCUCCAUGCGCAUGUCAAUCCGGAGAUGCUGCACGGGGAGUCCAAAGAGAUUCAUCUGCGCAUUUGCAUUACCAAGUUCUGGUGAAUUAGCUAGCCCCCGAGUUAAGUUGAACGAAUCACUGCAGACCGUAUUGUCAGUAGUACGUUAGUGGCUGCGUGCUGUUCUAUUUUGGUUUGCUCCGUGUGUGCUGCUAUAACUGUCCAUUCCCAGUGGCUUUAUACAUGAACCAUGGUUAUGGGCCUUCACUAAUUAGCACCCGAUGAUUCGCCCUUGAGUGAAAUGCGUUGAAGAACCUAAUUUUUGAGUAAGACCUGUGAGAGGAUUUGGGGCACACGGA